ACGCAGAAAUUUGACGAGCAGGCACAGGUGCCGUAUGCCUAUAAGGACAACCAUUGGAUUAGCUUCGAGAAUAACCGCAGCAUCACGGAGAAGUUGAAGCUGCUGAAGUCCCAAAAUCUUGGUGGCGCAAUAUCCUCUACAAUCGAUGCGGAUGACUUUUCCGGCAAAUGCGGAAAGCAACACGCCCUGGAACGGGUGAUACUGGAAACCCUCGACCCCCAGACAGUCCUGGUGGAUAGGGAUCCUCCAACAGAACCACCACCCUUUUUGAAAGAUGGCGUGUUUCGCGACAUUAAUGAUUGUCAGCUCUACUACGUGUGCUCAGCUGGCCAACGAUCCGACUACGAAUGCCGCUGGCAAGAAUUCUUCGACGAGGCCAAGUCCGAAUGCAGGCCCAUGAAAGAGGUCAAAUGUGAGGUAUUGGAAGCCGCACUAAAAGCAAGAGAGUUAUGCGCUAGUACCCUUUCUAUGUAGAAUUGUUUCAUCACGGAUGCUAACACCUUUCCGCCAUAUUGAUUCUUAAAAUUGUCAAGUAGCCCACACCUUUCAUACAUAUACCAACCAAACUAACAUACUGUACCAGAUACUGAGCAUAUUAAAUCUAAUAUC